UCUAGGCGGGACCGAGCUCGAAGAGGAGGAGGAAGAAAAGCGAAGCGAAGCGGCUACCUGCCUGGAAAAAACAUGUCAUGUAACGGCACUCGGCAGCAUCCACACCGGCGAGCAAAUCCCGUCAAUCACAUGGUGGGGAAGGAUUCCCCUCCGUAAGAUGGACAAAGGCGGAGCCAUGAGCACAGCAGGCAAAGCUAGUGGGCUCAAGCCCCCCUCGAAAAUAGGACGCCCACCUGCAGUGGCCAUAAGGACCACCCCUUCCUCAGGAACUCCAAAGUCACUUCCAGCCUCCGAGAAGCCCCCCGGCGGCGGCAUCCCUUCCCCCGGUCAGGAUGGCAGUGCCGACUUCCAGUUGGGGGAGCGGGUCUGGGUCAACGGCAACAAGCCCGGCUACGUUCAGUUCGUGGGCGGCACGCAGUUCGCCCCGGGCCAGUGGGCGGGCAUCGCGCUGGACGAGCCCACCGGCAAGAACGACGGCUCGGUGGCCGGCGUUCGCUACUUCUGCUGCGAUGACGGCAAGGGAAUUUUCACGCGGCCCUCCAAACUGUCCAGGACGCCCCUGCCGGAGAAGGAAGCCAACGGGGGGCAGGUCAAGACGGCGCAAGCGGGAAGCGAACCGCUGUCCGGUGCCGAAAAUUUGCAAACUGUUCCCACCGUCAGGAAGAGUAGCGGCACUUUGAAUCGAACGGUUCAAUCCACCGAGUCGGCAUCCAACGUUUCUGACACGGAAUCGGCGAAGAAGAACAAGCGAGAGCUCAGGAGAGGAGAUCGGGUCCUGGUGGGCGGGUCCAAGGCGGGAGUGGUGCGCUUCCUGGGCGAGACGGACUUUGCCAAAGGAGAUUGGUGCGGCGUGGAGCUCGACGAGCCUCUGGGCAAGAAUGACGGUGCUGUAGCGGGCACCAGGUACUUCCAAUGUAUGCCCCGCUACGGCCUCUUUGCCCCGGUCCACAAGGUGACACGCAUCGGCUUCCCUUGCACCACUCCGACCAAAGCCAGGUGUUCCCGCCGGCGGUCCCUCCUCAACAGGAGUCCGAGCGCCUCCUCAAUCAGCUCUAUCAGCUCCACCACUUCUUCGGUCAGCGGAAAACCCAGCCGAGCAGGAUUGUUGACGGAGACGUCAGCCAGGUAUGCCCGCAAGAUUUCAGGCACCACGGCGCUGCAGGAGGCGCUAAAGGAGAAACAGCAGCACAUCGAGCAGCUGCUAGCUGAGCGCGACUUGGAGCGCUGCGAGGUAGCCAAGGCUACCAGCCACGCCGGGGAGGUACAGCAGGAGUUGGCCUCUCUGAGGAAGGGCCGCGACCAGUAUGCCGUGGAGAUGGAGGCCAAGCUGGACCAGCUGAGGUCGAUGGUGGAAGAAGCAGACAGGGACAAAGUGGAGCUGGUUAACCAACUUGAGGAGGAGAGAAGGAAAGUAGAAGACCUCCAAUUUCGAGUGGAGGAGGCGUGCAUCACCAAAGGCGACUUGGAGAUGCAGAGUCGCCUGGAGCACGCCUGCAUUAAGGAGCUUGAGCAGAGCCUGCUCUUUGAAAAGACCAAAGCUGACAAACUCCAACGGGAUUUAGAGGACACCAGGGUGGCCACCGUGUCGGAACGUUCGCGCAUCAUGGAACUGGAGCGAGAGGUGUCGGACCUACAGCUGCGUCUACGGGCGUCACGACAGAAAGAAGACGCGGCGUCGGUUUCCCAGCAGCAGCUGGCCAACCUCAAGGCCCAAGCCUUGUCCCAGGAGAAAAAGAUCAGUGAGCUGAGCGUGGACAUGGAGAGCAAAUACCAGGAGCUUCGGUCAAUGCAAGACGAUAAGGAUUCCAUGCAACAGCAGAUAAGCAGAUUGAGACAAGAACUGCUGCAAGCCGAGCAAGAGAGAACCAAGAUGGCUAAGGCGGCGCAAGAAGCGGAACAGUUGAAGAAGGACUUCCAAGCACUGAAAGAGGGAAGCCAAUGCCGGGAACAAGAACUCAACACUCGGCUGACGAAGGCCGUGGAGACGUCGACGAGGACGUCGCAGUCCCUGGAGAAGCUGACCAAUGAGAAGAAGGAGCUGGAAACACAGCUGGACGCGCUGAAGCAGCAGAAUUGCAAAUACCAGGAGGAGCUGAGUCGCGUUCAGGAGCAGCCGCGCCUCAACCGCGAAGACAUAGAGAAGAUAUCAACCGAGGACUCUCGCCUUCAUGACUCUGCCAGCGUGCUCGCCAACGACAAAGACUACGAGCUGGAGACGCUAAAGAACGAGGUGGUGGCGUUGCGGGACCAUAACGCCGCGGCCGAGACUCUGCGUUCAGCCGUGGCCGCGUUGGAGCGCGACAAGGCUCAUUUAAGCGUCUGCAGACUGGAGCAGAGGCUCGCUGGGCGAGACGGCGAUCAGAAGGAGGAGCCCUCAGCAGGCGACAAGGCUCUGGAGCAGCUCAGGGAGGAGAAGGAGUUCGCGGAGGGUCAGAUCAACUUCCUGAAUAGCGUCAUCGUCGACCUGCAGCGCAAGAACGAAGAACUGAAGACCAAACUGAAGAAGCUUGCUUUGGUCGAGUUCAUCGGCAAUGAUGGCACAGACGGCACGGAACCGGCGGCGGAGUCCAAGCGAGACAAGAAGGCACCGCUGCGCCCCUUCUGCGACAUAUGCGACUGCUUCGACCUGCACGACACGGAGGACUGCCCCACGCAAGCACAGAGUCCCGACUCGGUGCCGCACUCCAGCUACCGCGGCCACCGCGACGAUGAGCGGCCCUACUGCGACGUCUGCGAGAUGUUCGGCCACUCCACUUGCAACGACGAUCGCACCUUCUAGACCUCUUCUUCGCCGGAUGCUAAACUCUGGCGCACCCCACUCCCCACCCCCCGAAACGCUUCCACGGUGCAAUAUCGAUGUAAGCAUUUGACGGCGGCGGGUCAUUUGCUGACAUUCCGACCAAUCAGGUAACCUCACUAUGAAAAGUCGCACUCCGCCAUUGACUUGCCUACCAAAUUCCCGCCAUUGACUUGCCUACCAAAUUCUAUACUGACCUGACUGAUUUUUUAAAAAUAUUAGCUUUACCCGCUAACAAUUUAGUGACGUUUAUCUGCCGAGUAUACACAUCGUAACUCAUACGUUUUUAACUCAUACGCUGCUAUUGACGGUGAUAGAUGUCCAAUCCAUUUUUGGGUUGGCAGCAAGUGAAUGAAUGUGCAGGUAGACAAUACCAACCGAGGACUCUAGUUCUCUUUCACAUUGUAUUAAUUGAUGGUAGCUUUAGGUAUAUUGUCAAAGCUAUCAUCUGUAAUAUUUCCUUCCUUUUAAACACCCCAAAUCAACAGGAAGAACACAAAAGAAAUUAAUCGACAUCAACAGGAAGUGACCCCGAAACACCCCCAAAUCAAUAGCAAGUGAGCUGAUAUCAACAGGAAGUGACCCCGAAAUGGCCCCAAAUCAACAGGAAGUGACCUGUUAGCAUCAAGAAGUGCCCCAAAUCCAACAGGUUACCUGAUUAAAACAGGAAGUGAACUGAUUUUAACAGGAAGUGACCCAAAAUUGCCCCAAAUCAACAGGAAGUGACCUGAUCAUCAACAAGAAAGGAAGCGAUACCAACAGGAAGUGACCUAAUAUCAACAGGAAAUGAAGCGAUAUCAACAGGAAGUGACCUGACAUGCCCUCAAAUAAACAGGAAGUGACCCGAUAUCAACAGGAAGUGCCCUGCAAUCAACAAGUUACUUGAUAUAAAGACGAAGUGAACUGAUUUUAACAGGAACUGACCCAAAAAUACCCCCAAAUCAACAGGAAGUGACCUGAUGCCAACAGGAAAUGAAGCGAUAUCAACAGGAAGUGACCCAGUGCCGCCAAAUCAACAGGAAGUGACCUGAUAUCAGUACGAAGUGAACCGAUAUCACGAGAAAGUGACCACAAAAUGCCCCAAAAUCAAUAGGAAGUGACCUGUUAUCAACAGAAUGUCAUCCGACAUCAGAAGGAAGUGACCUCGAAAUGCCCUGAAAUAACAGGAAAUUACCUGAUAACAACAGGAAGUGACCCAGUGCCGCCAAAUCAACAGGAAGUCACCUGAUAUCAGCACGAAGUGAACCGAUAUCACGAGAAAGUGACCAAAAAAUGCCCCAAAAUCAAUAGGAAGUGACCUGUUAUCAACAGAAUGUGAUCCGACAUCAACAGGAAGUGACCUCAAAAUGCUCUGAAAUCAACAGGAAGUGACCCAGUGCUGCCAACUCAACAGGAAGUGACCUGAUAUCAGCACGAAGUGAACCGAUAUCACGAGAAAGUGACCACAAAAUGCCCCCAAAUCAAGAGGAAGUGACCUGUUAUCAACAGAAUGUGAUCCGACAUCAACAGGAAGUGACCUCAAAAAGCCCUGAAAUCAACAGGAAGUGAACAGAUAUCAACAGGAAGCGACCCCGAAUUCCACAAAAUCACAGGAAGUUAUCUAAUAAAAAAUACAAUGACUAAUAAUUUUUUAAAAAUGAUAUACCGUAUUUUUCAGUCGCACCAGCCAAUGUUGAUUCUCUGCCACCCUCCCAGUUCAAAUGGAUUGGACGUCCACUAGUGACAAAACAAAUUUAAACUCAUCCCACUAGUAACAAAUUAGAAUAGAGGCACCCGAUUGGAUGUCUAUCAUUGUCAAUGACAAAGCAAAACCACUUUUCAAGCAUGACUUUUUGCCGAUAGACAACUUCCGCUAAACAUACUAGCAUCAUUUUCACCAAAAUGUUGAAGUUUUUACGAGUUCACUGCCACGCUCCGGUCGCACGCACACGAACCCGUUCGUUUACUUUUGUGUCAGUUCAAUUGCGUCAACGGCACAGUUGGUAAGUAGACCAAAAAAAAAAAAAAAAAGGUUUUCUCACCAGGGCUGCCACGAGUAAUACGCUAUCAAACAAUUUUGCACUUAACCCUUUCAUGCACAUAUUAUGAUUUAAAAAAAAUUGAUUUAAAAAAACGUUUAUUACAAUUUAUAUAAGACAGAGGUCUCAGGAGCCAGUUGUGGCCCACGGUGUAAUAUUUUGCGCCCCCCCCCCCCCCCCCCCAUUUGACAUAUUAGUGUUAUCCUUAUGUACAGAUAGUCCCUGGGUUACCACGUACUUGACUUAAGUGAUUUGGACUUUACGAGUCUCAUGCGACAUUUUGUCUCCAGUCGUUUUUUUUUGUUGUUGUUUUUUUUAGUCUCGUAAAUAGUA